GGAGGAGGAGGGGAGGAGGGAAGAGGAGAUGGAAGGAGGGGAAAGAGGAGAAGACAAAAGAUUCAUAAAACUAAACGAGUUGUGGACGACAGCAAAAGUUCUCGUAAACCGUACCUCUUACAAGUUGAAGGAAUGGGCAGCCUUCCAGCGGUCCUGCUCCUCUGCAGUUUCCACGUGCUCACAGCUGUAGCCCAAACCCAGCAGUCUGAGGCCACUGAGGCACCCAGAGGCGUGUUGCCAGCCAAUUGUAGGGAGGAGAUGUAUCCGUGCACCAGGAUGUACUCGGUCCACAAGCCCGUCAAGAGAUGUAUAGGCAGUCUUUGCAUCUACAGCCUCCCCCGUGUCUACCUGAUCAAUAAAGAGAUCUGCAUGAGGAUUGUGUGCCAACAGGACGAGUAUCUGAAAGCUGAACUGUGCAGAGAGUUGUCCGGGUGGCCCAGACGUUUAGAGAGGUCAUCUAAUAGGAAACGCUGUCACAAUCGCCGUAGCAACCCCAAAACCUGGGCAAACAAGGCCUGAUGGGCCCAGGAUGACGAGGUGACCACCGGUGAGGACGGAGCCCCUUAGAGACACAAACCUGGGGCGUUGUCGUUAAAACAGUCCAUAACACCAUAAAUUCACUACUCAACACCUGGGGGUCUCUCUCUCUCACACACACACACACACGUGUGCUGAGUCAUAUCUAUGUUUAUGUAUUGGUCUUUUAAUUGUGUGUGAAUGUUGAAGGUGUGCUCAUUUCAUGUGUUGUUGGACACACAUCAUGUCUUCCAUGGUUUACGAUCCAUUUAUGGUACUGUAGUUAUGGGCCUUUUUCAUUGUACAAACAGAGACCCUGUCUGCUGUGGGCUGUAGGACACACAUUGACAAUCUAGUAUAUCGUGCACUAUUGUAUCCAAUAAAAUAUAACUACAUUA